AUGGCAACGAAGAAGACAGUGGCGCGUGAGCGUAUGACACUUGCAGGAGGAGGAGGGUACUAUGAUGGCGAAGUUUAUGAUGCUCCCAGCCUAUUUGGCGCGUUUUCCCCCUCCUAUCUGGAGCCACAUGGAACUGGGACAAUGCAGUACGACGACAAGAGCAUCUACACCGGACAAUGGCGAGAUGGGUUAUACUCGGGUCGAGGCAGAUUGCAGACGAAGGAUGCAGAGUACGACGGAGAUUGGGUAGAAGGCAAAAAGCAUGGAUACGGCAAAAGGAUACACCAGAGCGCCGGGACAUAUGAAGGCUGGUGGGAUAAUGAUGAGAGAUCCGGAAGCGGAGUCCAUACCUGGCGCAACGGUGCUGUGCUUAGGGGUAAGUGGGAUAAAGACAAGCCGGUUGGGGAAUGUAAUAUUCACUGGCCGAGCGGACUACGUUACACCGGACAGGUUGAUAAGGACGGAUACCAGGACGGACAGGGUAGGAUGACCUGGGAUAGUGGAAGCUGGUAUGAGGGGAAGUGGAAAAAGGGAAAAAUGGAAGGAAAUGGGACCGAAUAUGCCCAUGACAAGCGCAGAAUCUAUAAGGGCAAAUGGACCGGUGGCAAAAAGAAUGGGAACUUCAGAGUUACUAACCUGGAUACCAACAAAACGGAGACCAGGAAAUUUUCCAAUGGUGUUCGGACAGACUAG